AUGACAUUAGUUCCGCAUUAUACUUGGCAAGGAUGUUUGGGAAGGCUCUUUGUUUGCCGCUGUUUCCCUAAAAUCAGUGGGAAAACUUUCCAAGGGCACACAGUUGUAGAACGAUGGACACUUCGGAGGUGGAGGAAUUGCUGUCUCCAACUAAAGAGUUUCUACUCACGUACUUUUUGCCAGAGAAAUGUUACAACUACUUUUUUGUCGACUUAAACUUUCUCCACGUGCCAUGCUGGAAGAUAGUUCUGAGCAAAACUGUGGGAGUGUGGAUCAUUCUUGGGACUGUGAUGGCGCAGCUCCCUCAGCUGUGGAAGGUACUGAGGGCCAGGAGUGCAUCAGGGAUUAGCUGGUGGUCUGUCCUACUGCAGGUCUAUGCCAUCACAGGUCCUGUGGUCUACUGCAUCAACAACAACUUCCCGCUUGAAGCUUGGUCAGAGAGACUGUUCAUGUUUAUGCAGGGUUUGGCCAUGGGCUUCCUCAUUCAACACUACAGUGGUAACACCCUCAAAGGUAUAGUAUUCCUCUUGGCCUACGGUGGUGUUAUGUUGCUCCUGACCUCUCCUCUGGUCCCUGAACACGUCAUCUCUGUGAUGCAAGCCUCCAGCAUGCUGGCUGUUGUUGCUAGCCGGGUGAUCCAGGCAGGGACUAACUACUACCAUGGCAACACGGGCCAGCUGUCAGCUCUGUCUGUGUUCCUGGUCUUCACUGGCUCCCUGGCUCUUAUCUUCACCUCUCUACAGGAAACUGGAGACUGGAGCUCUGUCUCUACUGUGACCCAUGUAGUGGCUGCCUGUCUCAGCUGCCUGCUCCUGACCCAGGUGGUUUGUUACUGGAAUAGCCGUACUAAAGACAAGACAGAGUAGUGGUCAACCACAAUUCAAUCCAAGGACCUGCUGUUAUAGUAAAUGGGAUACAUUUUCUAGGUUAUUUCAAUCAUUAUUUGUGUGUGUGUGUGUGUGUGUGUGUGUGUGUGUGUGUGUGUGUGUGUGUGUGUGUAGUAUGGCAAAGUUUGUUCAAUUUCAGGUCACAUAAUAAAAUAUAAUGCUCUAUAAACUAUAUUACUAUAUAAAUGGUAUAUAUAUUUGUACUUCCAGUAAUUGCGUUGUUGCUCGGAGACCAAAGUGUACUGUGAUUCUCAUGCCUAUCUUGUGGAAAGCUGCUGCAGAAGUGUAAUAUCUUCCCUUCUUUUACAGAUACAUUUUUGCGUCUCCAUUGGCUCAUAUAUGGGGAUUGGGUUAUUGAAUUUGUUCAAUUUUGUUAUUAAUAUUAAUUAAUUUUAUCCUACUCAGCCCCUAAAUUUCUCUUAAGAUCAUUGCAAAGCAGUCGUUAUUGUGUUGCUUUGACUGUAAUGUCUGAAGAUUAUUAUUCAUUUCAUGUGAUUAGUGAUUCAUUUACGUCUGUUCCUCAUUUUAAGGUCAACCCUGUUAACAUGAACUGAAAUCUUGUUUUAAUAAUAAAAUUGUUUCAAAAGUAA